AUGGGGCAAGGCAGAGUAAUGGCGAUAAACUUAGGUGAUACAGUACUAUCAGAUCAAGUGUACCGUUCACCUGUGUUUCCGCCUCCAUGCAGUAAGGUGCCCAAGCUUCCAGGUCGAGACCCGAAUGUGCAAGAAAGAAGGGAUGUUCUACAAGAUGGAGUAAAAUUGAUCACAGAUGAGGAUGAAAGCAAAAAUGAUAGCAAUAUUAAUGAGAAGAGAAAUGAAAAUGAUAAUGACAGUGACAGCACAGAAAUUGAUGAGGACAGAAAUUACAUGAGUGAUGUCAUUAAAGAUUCAGAUGAAAGCCCAAAGAGGGCGACAUUUCUGUUAGGCCAUUCACAGAUUAAUAAUGAAGACACAGAUGCAAAGGUAUUAGAAAUAGGCAUUACAGAAUCAUGUGUACCUGAAAUGGCAGCAACAGAGGCAGAGGAACCAGAAAUGGUGGCACCAGAGGCAGCAGUGCCAGAAGAUGUAGUGCAGACUGAUCAGCAAAUGUCAGCAGUACCAGAAGAUGUAGUGCAGACUGAUCAGCAAAUGUCAGAAGCAACGUCAAAGAACAACUCCUGGGUGGAUGAUGAGGAACAAGAAGCUUUGCAGGACCUAGAGAGACGACUAAAAAAGUUGAGAAAUGGAGAACCGAGUAUUCAUUGUAAACUGAUGUCGAUUAAAAUGCAGUUAAGGCUCUUAAAUGAAUCUUUCAAGGAACAAAGAACAGCAAGUCUCAAAAAGUUGGCCAAACUUCAACGAGAAUCUAGUAAAAAUAAGCAACAUGAAAAACUGGUGAACAUAUCUUCAAAGCAGAAGGUCCUGCUGAAACUUGUGAAGAUCUACAGAAACAUAUCAAAUGAAUAUGAUAUUGACAUUAACAUAAGCAAUUCUUCAACCCCUGAUGGAAAGAAGUCGGGUGAUGGCAGGCAGCUUUCCAGGCAUCAGUCAAAAGCCCACCAAGUAGAAUCAUAUGAAGUAGGACAUUCCAAUCAGAUUUCUGCUACAGGUCAGCAGAAAAGAUCAAUCCAACGUUUACCAAGAAGAGAUCACCAAAGAAGGGUAGCAAAAGAUGUUGAUUUAAACUUAGUUGUUGAAAAGUUAAUAAGCGCAGGAUUAGCCAUGUCAACUACUGCGACUACAUCAUCGACAUGCUCUGGUGAUUCAGUCGCCCCUAUAGGAGAAAUGAUCCAAGGAAUCUCUAAGAUAAGAGAACAUUCUUUGUCAGAUACUGUGCUCGGGGACAACAAUAUCACUUCUAAGCAAGUACUGCCAACUUCUGGUAGCACUGCAAGCCCUUGUCAAGAAGACGCUAAUAUAACAGUGGCAUUGACCAAAGAAAGAGAAGAUAGAACAUCAACAAUGAAACUAGUGAUCCAGGCAGGUGCUGAUGUCUGUAGCUCAGUCCGCAACCAAGUUACUAACAGCACAUCUGCUCAAAGCCAAAAGAUUAUUUCAACUAAUCACCCAUAUCAGACGACAUCACAAAGUACUCUAUGUUCAUCGAUGUUAGAGAAAAAGAAAAUAUCUGUUAAAAACACAAAUGCACCUAAGGUUAUUAACAUCUUAAAACCAUCAAAAGAAGUUGAAAAUAAUAUGUACUUAUCCUCCUCAAUGAUUGCUAAUAAUUCAAGAACUGUGAUGACCAAUCAAACCUUAAGAAAUGCCUCUCUAAACUAUGCCAUGAGUAAGUCUAAAGGUCGAGGGGUAACAAUCCAAUACCAAGCAUCGCUACAUCCGUCCACAAGUAGAAGCAAUAUUGUAACAUCACCCUCAUCUAUAUCAACAUCAUCUGUAUCAUCUUCCAGUGCUACUGUCAAAACAUCAUCACUGUCACCGAUCAUUACCACAACAUCUACAACAACAGCAGCAGCAUCUCAAUCCUCUUUGAAUACAGCAAAUUCAUUAUCUUCUGAUGCAUCACUAGCAAAACAGCCAGCUGACGAUCAACCUCUCAAAGAUCUUCUGAAAAACUGUCGAGUAUCUCUGAUAGACGAUAGUGAACUUUUCCCCUCAAGACCCUACCUCCCAGAAUUAUUUUGGACUGAGAGUUUUGCAAGCAUUGAUCUGCCCUCUGCCCUUAUCAACGAUAUUGAUAACUGGACCAAUGCCGAAACGAAUGAUAAUCAUCAGACUUAGAAAAAUGAAUCUUAUCAAUCAAUGUACCAACUGACCGAAUAGGGCCAUGAAUACGCGCGUGUCACAAACACGCGUUGUCCCACAAACGCACGUGUGUUGCGUAUGUUUUUAUACUGUCGUCUUGUGGGACCUUAGCAACAAUAUCCAAGGGGCGGGGCUUAGCGGAAAGGCCCAUUGUUUAGGUGACGUAGGGUAUCAAUAGAAAUGAUUUGUCUUUAGCCACAACUCGCACCAAAUAAUUUCGUGAAUGAAUCAUAAAUAUAAACUGCAUAGGCCUAGAUAUUACGAGAAUGUUAUUGUCGUUUUAAUUAUGAUUCUGAUUAUUAAAUUGUUUCAUGUGUCUUUUCAUAUUUGCAUUUAUUCAAUAUGGCAUAUACGAUUUUUUUUGUACCAUAUGCAGGAAUGUUUAAUAAUGAUUUCAUUGCUGUAUUUUUCCAUCUAUUUGUUUUACCAUUCAUCAAUAAAUAACGCGUUUGUCAAUUUAAUAGAACUCUGGCUGUUUAAUAUGUCUGUUGAUUUGUAUGUGUAUGAUACAUUUUAAUUAAUGUGCUAUGGUAUUUCAAAAAUCUUCCUGAGUUGCAUCAUGUUCAGUUCCCAAGGCCAAGCGAUACUACUGUACUAUAGAGAUCACUGUUUCAAAUUGAUAAUUUUCUUCCUUGGUUGUGCAGUGAAUAAUGUGUGUGAUCAUACAAACUACAAAGACGCCACGUAGAUGACUAGAACUGAAGAAUUAAAUACAUGGGUUGAGUUCAGAGUUGGUGAUCGAAAACGUUAUAAGUAUUGGGAAGUUUUUUUUUCUCACAAUGACGUCAAUAAAACAGAUAUAAAUACCAUAACAGCAAGCUGUUACUACAGCACGAACGAGAUCAUAAAAUGCAACAUGAGCAUUUGUUAGGCUAAUAUGUAAA